CAAAGGCAGCCUUGGAGCAGCAGGCUCCUGCCCAGACACAGCCUCCAGCCUCGGGUAAGCAGCAUCGCCAGGGUGCUCUCCCAGAUCUUCUCCAUCGUGGUGUUUGGCUCCAUCGUGAACGAGUGCUACGUGAACAAGGACAGCCGUGACCCCGAGCUGCACUGCAUCUUCAACGAGAAUGAGAGUGCCUGCAGCUACGGCAUCGCCGUUGGCAUCAUUGCCUUCUUUGGCUGUAUCUUCUUCUUUAUCGUGGACCUCUACUUCCAGCAGAUCAGCAGCGUGAAGGACCGCAAACGGGCCGUCCUGCUGGACCUCGGCUUUUCAGGUUUCUUGUCCUUCCUGUGGUUUGUAGCCUUCUGCUUCCUAGCAAACCAGUGGCAACGGACGACGAUGAGCAAAGGGGUUUUGCAAGGAGCAGACGCUGCCCGGGCAGCAAUCACCUUCUCUUUCUUCUCUAUCAUCGUCUGGGUCGCGCUGGCGGUGAAGGCGCUGCAGAGAUACCGGCUGGGGACGGACAUGUCGCUCUUUGCCACCGAUCAGUUCACCACUGACCCCAACGCGGCGUACCCCGGCUACCCCACCGGCAGCGGCAUCGAGAGCACAGAGACCUACCAGAGCCCCCCCUUCACCGAGACCUUAGAAGCCAACCCGAAAGGUUACCAAGUGCCAGCGUACUGAGGGACAAGGGCUGCGUACCAAGAGACCGAGUCCUACGGUGCAGUACACUUAACCGGUUGAUUGCAAAUGUAUUCAGUCCCAUUUCUUUAAUGUGGCAAGUCAGUGCUGGGUUCCUUACUAUUAGCUAGUUGUGCAGU